AUGGUGAUAUGUAUUAGCAUUGUUGUAGCAACUCAGAUUUGGUUGUACAAGUCUACCAAACGUUACGAGAAUAUUCCAGCGUACGGUACAAAAAAUCCACUUUUGCUCAUGUGGCAACAUUGUCAGCAAAUAAGAACAAUAGGGAAAAUCAGCCCACCAGCUUCAUUUCUUAAUUUUUUCAGUUCUGGUGACAAACAUACACGGCGAAGAAAAUUGCUGCAGCCAGCAUUUCACUCUAGAAUUUUGGAGAAUCACGUCGCCCGAUUUAAUGAGCAUUCAUUAAUUCUCGUUAACAAGUUAAAAAGCGUCAUAAAUGAGCCAUGGAUUGAUAUUACGCCUGUGAUAACUACUGUUGCCUUGGAUAUUUUAUGUCAUACUAUAUUGGGUACAGAUAUCGGUAGUCAGCAGGGAAAUCAUGAAGCUAUAGAAUAUCUGGAAGCUAUAGAUGAGCUAGAAUCAUUCAAACUGGAAGAAGAAUGUAAUGAAUAUGACCAACAUUCGAAGAGGACCAGCAAAUCAUUCUUGGACUUGUUGCUGGAAUACCAUGUUAAGGAUCCAAGUUUUACCAUUGAGGAUGUUCAGGAAGAAGUGAACACUUUCCUGUUUGCAGGACAUGAUACAUCAACUAUCGCCGUAUGCUGGGUUUUGUAUCUUCUUGGCUUGCAUCCUGAAGUCCAGAAUAAAGUUUAUCAAGAGCAAUGUUCCAUAUUCGGAGAUAAUAAGAUAGCAGAGGCUACUAAUGAAGAUGUAAAGAAUAUGCUUUACUUAGAAAGCGUUAUCAAGGAAACGUUACGACUGUAUCCACCUGCACCCAUUAUUGCAAGGGAAAACAAAGAAAGCAUUAAAAUUGGGUCCUAUACUAUACCACCCAAAACUCAAAUUGCAUUCUUAAUUUAUAUGCUGCACAGAGAUCCAGAAGUGUUUCUCAACCCAGAAAAAUUUGAUCCCGGAAGAUUUUCUUCAGAAAACAUCGGAAAACAUGAUGCGUUUUCUUACAUUCCAUUUUCUGCAGGACGCAGAUCUUGUAUAGGUCAGAGAUAUGCGAUGGGGGAAAUGAAGAUAAUUUUAAGCCAUAUUGUCCGAAAUUUCAAGGUUACCUCUUUAGAUCCGAGAGAGGAAAUGAAAAUUUACAUGAAAGUGACGUUGAAAUGUCUGGAUCUUAUGCGUCAGCGAUUGUCUUUGAGGUCCAACGGCGAAAAGAAUCGUAGUCGUCGAAGACUGCUGCAACCAACUUUUCACUCAAGAAUUUUGGAAGAUUAUAUUUCCAUAUUUAAUGAGCAUUCAUUAAUUCUUGUUAGCAAAUUGAAAAAGAUGGUUAAUGAACCUUCAAUUGAUAUUAGCGAUUUAAUAGUUACCUGGGCUUUGGACAUUAUAUGUCAUACUGCUAUGGGUAUUCGAAUAAACGCUCAAGAAGGAUCUCAAGAAACUAUGGAAUACGUGAAAGCUGUGGAAGAGUUCUUAGAUCUAGUUAUGUACCGACUGCUGAGGCCAUGGCUUAAAUCUGAUUUCAUAUUUUACCGGACUUCUGCAGGCCAAAGAUACCUAAAAGUUAUAAAUACCUACCAUAAUUUCACCAGAAAAGUCAUUCAAGAGAAGAAAGAAUUCAUAAAACUGGAUAAAAUCAACAACGAAAAGAGUGAAUACUCUGAGAAAGGAAGCAAAGCCUUCUUGGAAUUUUUAUUGGAACAACAUGCUAAACACCCUGACUUUACGCUCGAUGAUGUUCGAGAAGAAGUAGACACUUUCAUGUUUGCUGGGCAUGAUACGUCCACAAUCGCAAUGUCUUGGGCCCUUUACCUGUUAGGCCUUCACCCAGAUAUCCAACAAAAAGUCUUCCAAGAGUUGUAUUUCAUAUUCGGUGAUGACAAGACAAGAGAUGUUAGUAAAGAAGAUUUGAAAAAUAUGAUAUAUUUAGAACAAGUUAUCAAGGAAACUAUACGACUCUAUCCUGCUGCCUCAAUAACGAUAAGAGAAAAUGAAGAAGCCAUUAAAGUUGGUUCGUACACAAUUCCGGCCAGAAGUCAUAUUGCUACUCUUGUCUACAUGCUUCACAGGGAUCCGGAGAUGUUUCCAAAUCCGGAAAAAUUUGAUCCAGACAGAUUUUCUUCGGAAAACAUCCGAAAGAGAGACACAUAUUCUUACAUUCCAUUUUCGGUGGGAACCAGGUCUUGUAUAGGUCAGAAAUUUGCAAUGAUGGAAAUGAAAGUUGCUUUGAGUCAUGUCAUCCGAAAUUUCCGGGUCACCGCUAUAGACCCUAGGGAUAAGAUGAAUGUUUUCGUAAUGGUGACGCUCAAGUGCCUUAGCCCAAUACGCCUUCGCUUCUUCCAGCGUCAAUGAGUCCCGUUUUCAUAAUCAAGAUAUAACGUUGCGUGCCUCUAACUUGCACGCAACCAAGGGUGACUGUGAAAGCUUGUAUAAACCACAGAGUCUUGUAAAGGGUUUAAGUCCCUUUUUAUUCAACGUACUAAA